CCCUACUUGGGUUUCAUCCUCGCUCCUCGGAGAUCUCAAUGGCGAGAUCCAACAAGUCGGGGAGGUUCGUCUUGGUUCUCUCCUCUGUCGCCCAGGGGUCGCCCUUGUCGUGGAUUCCCUCUGGGCUUACUCAAAUUCCGCAUCUUCUUCGCUCGUUUGGUCCAGAAACCUCGAUCGACCUCUUGAGAGACUUCCCGGUGCGGGCGAUCUGGCUUCCGAGUCGGCGGAUGAGGAAAAGGAUAAAAGAGUAUUAGAUUCAAAAAUGUUGAACGCAACUUUUGCUGACUUGCCAGCACCAGAGUUAGCAUGGGAAGAGAUGGCAGAGGCACCUGUUCCACGUCUAGAUGGUGCAGCUAUACAAAUUAAAAAUCUUUUAUAUGUCUUUGCUGGAUAUGGUACAAUCGACUAUGUCCAUUCUCAUGUAGAUAUAUAUAAUUUUACUGAUAAUUCAUGGGGAGGAAGAUUUGACAUAUCCAAAGAAAUGGCUCAUUCUCAUCUAGGAAUGGCAACGGAUGGGAGAUACAUCUAUGUUGUGACUGGACAAUAUGGUCCUCAAUGUAGAGGUCCUACUGCUCGUAAUUUUGUGCUGGAUACAGAGAAAAAAGAGUGGCAUGAUCUGCCACCCUUGCUAGUACCUAGGUAUGCUCCAGCUACCCAUCUCUGGAGAGGCAGACUCCAUGUCAUGGGUGGAAGCAAGGAGGAUCAUCACGAACCUGGAUUAGAACACUGGAGUCUUGUUGUGAAAGAUGGGAGGACCUUGGAGAAAGAAUGGCGGGGUGAAAUCCCUAUACCUUGUGGUGGUCCCCACAGGGCUUGUGUUGUUGCCAAUGAUCAGCUUAUUGUCAUUGGUGGUCAAGAGGGUGAUUUUAUGGCCAAACCUGGAUCACCAAUUUUCAAGUGUGUCCGAAGAAGUGAGGUUGUGUACAGCGAUGUCUACAUGCUUGAUAAUGUAAUGAAAUGGAAGGAACUUCUGCCCAUGCCGAAACCAGAUUCUCAUAUAGAAUUUGCAUGGGUUAACAUUAACAGUUCAAUUAUAAUUGUUGGAGGCACAACAGAAAAGUAUCCUAUAACCAAAAAGAUGGUGCCAGUUGGAGAAGUGUUUCAGUUCAAUUUGGAUAAAUUGGAAUGGUCAGUGUUGGGAAGGAUGCCUUUCCGCAUCAAGACCACCUUGGUCGGCUACUGGAAUGGCUAGCUUUAUUUCACAUCUGGCCAGCGAGACAAGGGUCCAAAUAAUCCUGCUCCCAAAAAGGUUGUUGGGUGCAUGUGGAGAACUAAACUGCAUCUAUAGCUUCUCUCGGUUCUGAUAGCAGAUGAGAUUUUCUUUUUGAUGUUCAGGCCGUGUAGGUUAACCUUCUGAUCAUUCUUGGCUCAAAUAUAGGAUCUAUUUAUGUGUUAGAUCAACCUUCUGAUUAUUCUUUGGUUGGUUUCUUUUGUUUUGAGAAGCGAUCAGAAUGCUCGUCAUUCGACUCUGAUCAAUUUCGGAUGUGGUUUAGUGGAUGUAUUCAUUUGCAAGUCACAAAAGAUUCAAACGUUUGGCUGAUGGUUUAGUCCAGAAUCAACGAUUAUGCUCA